AUGGGCUCACUGCUGCCAAUGCCAAACGAACCACAUAAAUUCUUACAAAUCUACUUUAUGGGCGGCGAGGAUUCCGAAAGCGCACUUGCCAAUCGCGUGAAUGCACGUUGUGAUUAUAAUAACCUUGAUUCACUUUAUGCCAGGCGCAUCGUCAGCGAGCUAGAUGCUCUUUUGAACGAGCACAACGAGUUGUUGAAAAUAUUCAAAUCACAUAUGCACCAAUUACAAAGCGAUAAUCACGCUAACUCCAUUAAUCCUGAUAAAACACUAGCUGGAGAGCAUAUUCGUAGAUUCAAUGCACCCGUUGUUGAUGAUGUUGCUGGAAUCAUGGUUGGCGAUUGUACAGCUGCACGAGAAAUUGUGAUUCGUAGAAGAAAUAAUAAUCUUCAGAUCAUUGCUGACACACAUCGUUCAUAUGACGCUCUCCAAUAUCCGCUAAUAUUCUGGAAGGGACAAGACGGAUAUUGCAUAAACAUAAAACAACGAGAUCCCGUAUCAGGAGCUGAAACAAACAAAAACGUUAGCUCAAAGGAUUAUUAUGCGUACCGAUUAAUGAUUAGACGUGGCCUGGACAACGUCAUUUUACGAUGUCGUGAGCUUUGUCAACAAUUCAUGGUCGACAUGUACGCGAAAAUUGAGAGCGAACGACUAUGA